AUGACAGAACAAGAAAUUGAUAUUUAUUACAAAGCUGUUCUCGAUCUUGUAUCUUUAGCAGGCAAAGUCGUAAAUGAAGGUUUUUCGAUAACAAAACGCGUGGAAACAAAAUCAGGUGCAGCCGAUCUUGUAACAGAAUAUGAUCAACGUGUAGAAGAAAUCUUAAUUAAAAAUUUACAAGAAAAAUUUCCAACACACAAAUUUAUAGGAGAAGAAUCUACUGCUGCUGGAGUUAAAGCAGAUUUUGGAAAUGAUCCAACAUGGAUUAUUGAUCCUAUCGAUGGAACAACUAAUUUUGUACAUGGAUUUCCAUUUGUGGCUAUUUCAAUUGCAUUGGCAAUAAACAAAGAAGUAGUAAUUGGUGUUAUUUAUAAUCCAGUAUUGGAUCGUCUUUAUUCCGCUGUACGUGGUAAAGGAGCAUUUAAAAAUGGCCGGCCAAUUAAAUGUUCAGGACAAACAGAUUUGGCAUUAUCACAAGUUGCAGGUGAAUAUGGUUCAAGUCGUGAACCAGAUAUAAUAACAGCUAAAUGUCAAAAUUUACGUGUUAUUAUUGAAAAGGUUCAUAGUAUUCGAGCUGUUGGUAGUGCAGCUAUGAAUCUAUGUAUGGUGGCUGAAGGAAGUUGCGAUGCGUAUUUUGAAUAUGGGAUACAUAUUUGGGAUUAUGCUGCUGGUGAUCUGAUUGCACGCGAAGCUGGUGCAUAUACUUGUGAUCCAUCAGGUGGCCCAUUAAAUCUUCUUCAUCGUUGUAUUUUAUGUACAGCAACAAAAGAACUUGCUGGACAGAUUUCUCCAUUACUUACUCAUGUUGAUUUUCCGGAUGAUUAA